AUGCCUGAGGCAGUGCAUCUGCAGGUCUUCCUCAGUGCAGGACUGUCCCUCCUCUGCCUCAGCAUCCUCCUGGGCUGUACCAUGUGCUGGUGGCACCGCCGGCGCCCGAGUCCCCGGGAGUGGGCAGCCCUGGAGCUGGGACCUGCUCUGCCUGCCAUGACUGUGCCAGUGCCCAUCCAGCAGCAGUACGAGGAGAUGGCAGGAGAGGUGCUGGACAAUCAGCUGGCAGGAGUGUGGCAGCGCCGCUGCACCAUCUCCAGAGCCACGCUCCUCCUCAACAAGGAGAGCCCACUGGUCCACCCCACGGCAGGAUUCCCACUGCCCUCCGAGCAGCGUCCCCAGCUCCACUGCCACUUGUCUUACUCAGCACCCGAGGCCAUUCUCACCGUGACGGUUCUCGGCGUCUCCCACCUGCCCGAGGGGCUGCGGGACGAGCAGGGCUCCUACAUCAAGGUGUACCUGGUGCCGCGGCUCCCGGCGUGCCAGCGCAUGGCCGUGUGCCGCCGGAGCCUCCGCCCGGCCACCCUGGAGCCGUGCCGGUUCGGCCCACACAGCCCAGAGGAGCUGAGCAGCUUCACCCUGCGCUUCGCCAUCUACGCCAGGUUGCGCAGCCUCAGGGACUCUUUUGUGGGGGAGGUCCUGUUCCCCUGCGCCCAGGUCUCUUGGGACCCCCAGGCCUCUUGCAGCUACACCUGGGAGCUGGCGAGCACCAAAACCAAGCGGAGGAAGGUCAGGAUGGCAGCAGUCUCCAGCAGGGGGUUGUCCUCAUGUUUUGCCCACAGCACGAGCUGCAGCGUCCUCUCCUCAUCACCCAAAUCCCUCGGCCAGCUCUUCCUUCUCCUCCAGUACCAGGCUCUGGCCAGCCGCAUCAAGGUGCUGGUCCGCAAGGCAGCGGACCUGGGCCGGCUCUCACGCAUGCCAGGCACACCAGGUCACUACAUCAUCAUCCACCUUUACCACGAUGGCUGUGUCAUCGACACCAAGGAGACCAAGUCCACCAGCGGCUACAACCCUGUGUGGAAUGAGCCUUUCCUCUUCAACAUCCCUGCUGGGGACAUCCAGCAGCAAGAGCUGGCAUUGGAGUUCAUUGUCAUGCAGGUGAGGUGGAUGGAGAGGAGCCAUUUCUUGAUGCCCAAAGGAGGCUGCUGGGGUGGGAUCACUCUUUUUGGGAUGGUGGAAGGCCACCAGCCACGUCCCACUUCCCCUCUCCUGCCACAGGCUCGCCUCCACGCCCGCGGCUCCGCGCUGGGCUGCGUGCAGGUGGGGCCACGUGCCCCCGGGACCGGGCUGCUCCACUGGAGGGACAUGUGCAGCCGGGGACCACAGGAGUCAGCACAGUGGCACCAGAUCCAGCCCAACACCCCCAGACCCUGAUUCUGCCCACAGUCCACAGACAGGGCUUGCCCAGAACUCAGGUGCCUGCAGGAGUGAGCCAAAUGGGAUCUCCGAGCCAUGGAGAGGUGAGGUCUCACCCAAACAUCACUGUGGGAGAAGUCUGGGCUCCAAAUCCAGGACAGGAGAUUGGUGGUGGCCACCACAACCUCUUCCUGAAUGGCUCUGGAAGAGACUGAGCCUGUCUGAGGUGACUUCAAUACUGGGGAGAGAAGAGGAGCCUUUCUCUCUUCUGUCCACCAUCACCACCUCGGUGCUACACACGGAACCUUGGCCCUUGCAGGAGAUGGGUGGGAAGAUCACCCAGCUGGGAGAGCAGCCCCAUGGCCACCACAGUGGAUGCACCUGCUGCCCCUUCCAAGCCACCUUCACCAGCCCACCCUUCCCAUUCAGCCCCCUGAGCUGGGACACACCUGAGAGAGGAGCCACAAGGACAUGCUGAUAUUACCUGGUGAGAAAGGUGUCCAAUGGCAUUUUUAAUUACUUGCUGACCCAAACAAGUGGUUGAUAAAAAAAAUAAAGGGGUCAGGGAUGAUUGCAUGUGUGGAGUCAUUGGAAUUCUGUACUAUCCAUGGGCCGGCAGUGUCCAUGGUCCACCAUGUCCUCUGGAGAGGUGGCCUGGCUGAGAAGGGAGGUCACCUCUAGGGGUGGGAAAGACCAGACCCCUGGCUAGUGCUAAUUAGUAAAUUAUCAGGACUGAGGCCCCUCUACAAGUGGGCUAAUUGGACACAGAAACUCUUCCACCAGGUCCUCACCCCCAGGCUGUGACCCAUGGGACAAUCCCAGCUCCCAGCU